CAAUAUAUAACAACCGAGAGCGAGCGAGAGAGAGACGAAGCAGAGAUUCUCAAAAGAGCAUAUUGAAAAUGGCGGCUUCUACUUCAUCAAGCUUGCUCUCCGCCCCCUCUCUCAGGAAAUCACCUCCCUCCUCUCUCUCAUCGAGGCUCUCUCUCUCCUCCGCAUUCGGCUUCUCCGUCUCCCUCCCCCGCCGCAGACCGCCGGCGCCGGUCUUCGUGGUGAUGUCCAUGGACGCCAAACCCACGAUCCUCGUCGCCGAGAAGCUCGGUGAGGCUGGUCUCAAGCUCUUGAAAGACGUUGCGAAUGUCGAUUGCUCAUACAACUUGAGUCCCGAAGAGCUCUGCACCAAGAUCUCGCUCUGUGACGCUUUGAUCGUUCGAAGCGGCACGAAAGUCACUCGCGAUGUGUUCGAAGCGUCCUCUGGCCGGCUCAGGGUCGUCGGACGGGCCGGCGUCGGGAUCGAUAACGUGGAUCUAGCGGCGGCGACUGAGCACGGUUGUCUUGUGGUUAACGCGCCGACGGCUAACACCGUCGCUGCGGCUGAGCAUGGGAUCGCGCUUCUCACCGCCAUGGCUCGGAACAUCGCUCAAGCCGAUGCGUCUGUCAAAGCUGGGAAGUGGGAGCGGAACAAAUAUGUGGGUGUGUCCCUUGUUGGCAAAACACUUGCUGUGAUGGGUUUUGGAAAGGUUGGAUCAGAAGUUGCCAGGCGUGCCAAGGGGCUUGGUAUGCAGGUGAUUGCACAUGAUCCAUAUGCCCCAGCAGAUCGUGCCCGUGCUAUAGGUGUGGAGCUUGUGAGCUUUGAUGAAGCCAUAGCAACUGCUGAUUUCAUCUCACUUCAUAUGCCUCUCACUUCUGCUACAUCAAAAAUUCUCAAUGACCAAACUUUUGCAAAGAUGAAGAAAGGAGUUCGGAUUGUCAAUGUUGCUCGUGGGGGAGUAAUUGAUGAAGAAGCUUUAGUGAAGGCACUGGAUGCGGGCAUUGUUGCUCAGGCUGCACUUGAUGUUUUCACUGAAGAGCCACCACCAAAAGACAGCAAAUUGAUACUACAUGAUAGAGUAACUGUAACCCCGCAUCUUGGUGCCAGUACUAUGGAAGCUCAGGAAGGAGUGGCAAUUGAAGUAGCUGAAGCUGUUGUUGGUGCCUUAAGAGGGGAGCUUGCUGCUACUGCAGUCAAUGCGCCCAUGGUUCCACUGCAGGUGCUUACAGAGCUCAAACCAUUUGUUGAACUUGCUGAGAAACUUGGUAGACUAGCUGUCCAAUUAGUGGCAGGUGGGAGCGGUGUGAAAUCUGUGAAAGUGACGUAUGCUUCUGCUAGAGCUCCCGAUGACCUUGACACAAGGCUGCUUCGAGCCAUGACCACCAAGGGUCUGAUUGAGCCCAUAUCCAGUGUUUUUGUAAACUUGGUGAAUGCAGAUUUCACUGCUAAACAGAGAGGUCUUCGGAUAUCCGAAGAACGUAUAAUUUUAGAUGGUUCACCAGAAAGUCCACUCAAGUCCAUCCAGGUCCAGAUUGCAAACGUGGAAUCAAAAUUUGCCAGUGCAAUUUCAGAGUCUGGGGAUAUUACAGUGGAGGGACGGGUCAAGGACGGGAUUCCACAUUUGACGAAAGUUGGAUCUUUUGAAGUUGAUGUGAGCUUGGAAGGUAGUAUUAUUUUCUGCAGGCAGGUUGAUCAGCCGGGUAUGAUUGGCAAGGUGGGAACCAUAUUGGCCGAAGAGAAUAUCAACGUGAGCUUUAUGAGCGUUGGUCGAAUUGCUCCGCGAAAGCAAGCUGUGAUGGCGAUUGGAGUGGAUGAGCAACCCAACAAGGAGUGUUUGAAGAGGAUCGGGGAGAUCUCGGCCAUUGAAGAGUUUGUUUUCCUCAAGCUGUAGUGAGGUGUCUAAUAUCUAUAGUCACUGCAUGUUUGUUUUGUGCCCAAUUUUGAUUAAUCUUCAUUUCUGUUUUGUUGUAGUAGGCUGCUGUGCAAUUGUGAGUGUACUUUAUGGAGCUGUGAUUGUCUAUCCCGGGAACCAAAAAAUGGGAAAGUUUUUUACUAUAUGAUGGUUUUUAUUUUUAGAACUCCAUUUUGUUAUUA